AUCUUUAAAUUCCGCAAUUGUUAGAAAAUGAAGAAACACCCUCACAUGUCUGGGAGAAAAUGUGUGAUCUGUGGCGAGGAGCCGCCGGCGAAGGAUGCGAAGGGCAACGAGCCGUAUGCGUAUCCCAAAACGGAGGAGGAGGCCAGGAUCUGGCAGGCCAGCAUGGCGGCCCAGAACUGCUGCGUGGAGAGCAUCCAGAACCAGUGUUGCGUCUGCGUGGAGCACAUUCCCGACUUUGUGAAGCGGGCCAAGAAGAUCGGCAAGAGGCUGCGAAAUAUCGAGCGAGAAAAAGAGCAGCUCCGGGCCGAAAGGGAGGAGGAGGCCGCCGGCUGUCAGUGUCCCGAUGACGGGGAGCCGGGUCCGGAACGAGCCUCGGUCAAUGUCCUCCUCCUCAACGGAGCCUCGCUGCCCACGUAUUGCGGCAAGGGACAGUCGUGCGUGAACCUGCGACCUCUGCCCUCUGAGGAAGGCGACUCCGAGCUGAGGAUAACCAAGCGGCUGAAUAACACCGACUCGGACACGGAGAUCUUUGUGCAGGAGUCGGAGUUCAAGGACACCGGCGGCACCUUUCCCGACAUCGAUGGCACCGAGGUCACUGUACUCCGCACCCCCAUGCAGGAGGAGGAGCAACUGCAGCAGCUGCAGGAGGAGGCGGAACAGGAGCAGGACCCGAGUGUCAGGAGACGCCGCGACAGCUGCCUGCCCGGCUGCACGGAUGUCCUUCUCCUGGGCCGCGGUCCCCAUCCCACGGACGAGUGUCCCUGCCAGUGUGAGCAGUGCUCGAAGCCCUCGGGGCCGCCCAAGGAGGAGCCCUGCUGCCAGCCGGAGUGCUGCCCCGAGACGCACCAGGAGUACUUCACCCAACCGCCCUGCGGCUGCGAGUGCGAGCAGCAGGUGCGCCGCGAGCUGACCAAGGUCAUCAAGACGCAGGGCAAGCGGAUUCGGGAGCUGGAGGAGACGCUCUGCCGGCAGAACAAUCUUCGCAAUUGUCUGCAGCGGAAACUGGACGAGUUGUACUGCGAGUUCGGGCGUUUGGAUGAGAACCAGGAUGAGAACAGAUCGCGACUCACUUGCCCGGGAAGUGAACGUGGGGCGCCCGAUUGCGCGGGAGUUCUACAUCCAGUUCCUCGGCCACCUCCGCCAGAAGCAGAGGAACCACUGCCCCCCAGGCGAACCCGACCCAAUCGGCGGCUAACCCUGCUGAAGGCCAAUCGGGAGAUGCAACUGCCUGAGAAGAAGGAAGAGCCCAAGGUGCAGGUGCAGCGAGAUGAUGGGGAACGGGUUCAUUGGUACGCCGAGAAGGAUAUGCAGUCCACCGACUUUACCCGUCGUCCUAUGUGGAUCCAUGUGCCCGACAUAGAAGAGGUUGACUCGGACACCAGGAUUCGGUUUGGAAAGAGCAAUACCUACUUGGUUUCCGAUAAAAAGGCAUCCCAAGCGCACACCCCUUCGACACCCGGGUUCUCCAACUCCAACUCCGACUACUCCAUAUCCAACAGAUCCCGUACUUGAUGUCCCCAUGUCCAUACUAAACCCCCUUUUCCAUCUCCCCUGUCCUGCGCAAUCAUGCAAAUAAAAUAUAUUCUUUUUUCCGGC